AGGGUGUUGGCAGGCAGCAGGACCCCAGCUGCUGUUUGGUAGUUAUGGCCUUUAUCCUCAAGAAAUAAUACAAAGAUAUCUUGUGGACCCUUCUUCCUGCUUCCCUCAAUGAUGACAUCUUGCAAAACUACAAUACAACAUUACAAUCCAGAUGCUGAUAUAUAUACAUCCAAGUGCCGGAGAGACUUGAGCUUGACUGUGGACUUUGAGGAGUACACUGAGAGCAUCAUGAGGAAAGUUAACCGAUAGAAUCACGUACCACAGAGAAUAAUAUCAAGAGCACAGACUACUUCUUCUGUCACUGAAAACAUAUCAGUUAAGAUUAGCCUUAGAUACGUAUAAUAAAAAGUCAAAAUAAUUAUAGCUUACAUAGGGAGAAGAUAAUUUGACUCCCAUGUGGUGAACAAGUAUGAAGUACCCAGCUGUCAUCCAGAAGGAAUUAAAAAAAAACAACAACGCUGUGAAGUAAAUGAAAAGAAAGACUGAGCAACACUUAGUGAUUGAUUAGCUCAGAGAAAUGAGGGAGAGAGUGAAACAGGACUGCAAAGCUUCAAGCUUGGGUGACUGCAGAAUUCUGGUGCUAUGGACACAAGGAAACCCUGUCUCCUCCUGCCCCUGACCGAGCUUUCUCAGCCCAUUGCUUGCCUGACGUCGUCGGUCAGUCCACUGCUUUUUCAAUGUCAUUCACAGCUCAGGACGGAGCUGUGCAGACCUGCCCCUUCGUCUUUCUCUGGAAUGACUUGGCGUAACCAUAAUGGAGGCAUAUAUGAAUUUAGAACCUUCAAAUGUUUGAAGUCUCAUACUCCAGUUACAGAUUGGUUUUGAGUACUUCUCUUCCAAAUAUUUCAUUUUCAGAUCAUACAAGAAGAAGAGGCGUCUUGCCACUGAGCAGCUGCCCAGCUCCCACUCGGCUUGGUCUGGGACAACAGCUACAGCCACAGAAAGCAAGCUGGUGAGUCUCUCCAAGCAGCCAGCUCUGCCUGACUGUUGGGAAACAGGGCUUUGCACACUCUCUGAAGCCUGGUGAACUGGUGCUGAUUUCAAAGCUGCCCAGUGGAGGAAGAGAAAGUGAAUCUGCAGAGACAAAGGGGAGAGGGAGAAGCCCCUCUCCCUUCCUCUCCGCCAGGCCAGCAUGGGCAACGUCUGCCUGAGGCUCUGGGCGUACCUGAAAUCUUAUCUCCCCUGCUUUGUCCAGGAGGCAGACAAACAGGUGGUGAAUGAGAACAUAGGGGCCCCCUGCCCCCCUUCUGCUCCCAAACCACAGGGCCACUACUUUGUGGCCCUGUUUGAUUACCAGGCUCGGACUGCAGAGGACCUGAGCUUCCGAGCAGGCGAUAAGCUCCAAGUCCUGGACACUUCCCAUGAGGGCUGGUGGUUCGCCCGGUACUUGGAGAAAAGGGGAGACCGCUUCGGCCAGCAGCUGCAGGGAUAUAUUCCUUCUAACUAUGUGGCUGAAGACAGGAGCCUGCAGGCCGAGCCGUGGUUCUUCGGAGCAAUCAAGAGAGCAGAUGCAGAAAAACAACUAUUAUAUUCAGAAAACCAGACAGGUGCCUUUCUAAUCAGAGAAAGUGAAAGCCAGAAAGGAGAUUUCUCCCUUUCAGUUUUAGACGGAAGCACUGUGAAGCACUACAGAAUCAGAAGACUGGACGAAGGGGGCUUUUUCCUCAUUCGGAGAAGAACCUUUUCAACACUGAAUGAGUUUGUGAGCCACUACACCAAGGCAAGCGAUGGCCUGUGUGUCAAGCUGGAAAAACCAUGCCUAAAGAUACAAGUCCCAAGCCCUUUUGACUUGUCAUAUAAGACCGUGGACCAGUGGGAGAUAGACCGCAACUCUGUGCAGCUUCUGAAGCGAUUAGGAUCCGGCCAGUUUGGCGAAGUGUGGGAAGGUCUAUGGAACAACACUACCCCAGUAGCAGUGAAAACAUUAAAACCAGGUUCAAUGGAUCGAAAUGACUUCCUGAGGGAGGCGCAGAUAAUGAAGAACCUAAGACAUCCAAAGCUUAUCCAGCUUUAUGCUGUUUGCACUUUAGAAGAUCCAAUUUAUAUUAUUACAGAGUUGAUGAGACAUGGAAGUCUGCAAGAAUAUCUUCAAAAUGACGCCGGAUCAAAAAUCCAUCUGACGGAACAGGUAGACAUGGCGGCACAGGUGGCCUCUGGAAUGGCCUAUCUGGAGUCCCAGAACUACAUCCACAGAGAUCUGGCUGCCAGAAAUGUCCUUGUCGGUGAACAUAAUAUCUACAAAGUAGCAGAUUUUGGACUUGCAAGAGUUUUUAAGGUAGAUAAUGAAGACAUUUAUGAAUCUAAACAGGAAAUAAAGCUGCCAGUGAAGUGGACUGCACCUGAAGCCAUUCGUACUAAUAAAUUCAGCAUUAAGUCCGAUGUGUGGUCAUUUGGAAUCCUUCUUUAUGAAAUAAUUACUUAUGGCAAAAUGCCUUAUAGUGGUAUGACAGGUGCUCAGGUAAUCCAUAUGUUGAGUCAAAACUAUAGACUCCCUCAACCACCUGAAUGCCCAGAGCAGCUCUACAAGAUCAUGAUGAUGUGCUGGAAAGCAGAGCCUAAGGAACGGCCGACAUUUGAGACACUACAUUGGAUGCUUGAGGAUUAUUUUGAAAUGGACUGUUUAUAUGCAAAUAAUUUCAUAGGAUGAACAGUGAAGAAGAGUAUCAAAUAAUGAAGUAGCAAUGAAGUUCAAUAAUUAGUCCAGAAAUACAGCCUUAUUAACCAACUGCAAAAUGAGUUUAUCUUGUCAUAUUCAAGUGAUAGGGUCAAUUUGACCAUGUAUUAUAAAAAAAAAUUACAUGUAUAUUUCAUUGAGCAAAACUGCAGGACAGUCUAAGAUGUUCUAUCAUUUUCUCACUGCUUUAUGAAAUUGAACAUACUAAACAAAGUUAUUUUUCUUUUUAAAAGAUUCUUAUAUUUCUAUUUAUUGUUUGAAAUGUCAGUCAAGAGGAUCAACCAAUGAUAGUUGAUUCUUACUCAGUAAUGUAGCAUUUUUCUCUUUACUGAUUAAAGUGGUUAUUCAUUAUUUCUUGGAUUACUGAACCCAUCAGACUGCUAUUAUGAAGGAAUUUUAUUGCUUUGCUGCACAGCAGGACCUGUGCUUUAAGAUGCUUUCUCUUUUCAAAUAUCCUGCAACUACAAUGAUGGCAAAGCCAUGUUAAAUGACUUGAUUGUACUUGGAGUAAUCACACAAGUUUUUUCCUAUGCAUAAAAAAUGAAGCAGCUGUUGAGAAAAAGAAUUAAAAUUUCUCUCACUUUGUAGAAGGAAAUGAUGGAAUUUUUCUAUAUACCUCAGUAUGUGUCAUCUGAGAAUAAUCUACAUUAGUUUAUUCUCUUAAGGUUAAGAAUCAGAUUGCAAAGCUGGUAAGUUAUUAUUCACGGAAACAUGCAAGGAACAUCUAGUGGUCUGCAAGAUCUGAGAAGUAAGUAUCCAAGUUGUUUAGGAAAAUAAGAGGAGAGCAGUAGGAUUGCUAUGGCCCACAAUUUCUCAAUAAUUAAAAAAAAUGUACCUUUGGCACAUAGGUCAGAGUUUAAAGUUGAUUACAAAACAAAUCGAGUUCUGUUUCAAGUCUUGAGACUAGGAAUAAUGCCUGGCCUUGGUUAUGAAACUAUUUUUGCCUAGUAGGACAAGACGGUCUUACUCAUGUUAAAUGUGCAUUAGCCUUUGUGAGAAUAUUACUAUCCUCUUAAGCAACUGGUGUAUCAAAUUUUUGCCUCAUUAAAUGGUUAGGGAGAGUUCUCAAAGGUAGUUACAAAUUCAAAUACAUAUUCAAAGAUCUUCUGAUGUAGAGCAAUAUGAAUGAAACCAGCCCUGAGAAAACAAGUAUAUUCUGUCAUCUGUUUUUAAAGGGGAAGAAGAUGUGUGAACAAUCACAGUAACCCCAACUCAAAAUGGAUUAAACAAUAAGUAAAUUUGUAAACUUUCUAACUGGAAGACAAGCAGUAGGGAGGGCUCUAGGCAGAAUGCCAUUAGCAGUUCGAUGAUGUCCAGUAAGACCCAAGUCCUUUCUGACCCUUCUCCCUGCCACCAGCAUUCAUUCUCAUGGUCACUGGUGGCUGCCAGUAGCAGUUGGGGCUUCCUGUUCUCUUCUCCUUUGGUAAGAGAAAAUGGGAAAAUACUCUGCAUUUUCAUCUUGCAUAAAAGUCAUUCUUUUUCUGUCCAGACAAAUUGGGGUCAUAUGCCCAGCCCUGGAUCAGUAAUAGACUCAUUGUUAAAUGUCAAUUGGCUUAGAAUAAGUUUUGCCACUGAAGUUGGAAAUGUGAUCAUCUUUCCUGGAGACAAGUUGGGAGGUUUGUUGUACUAACAUCUGAAUAAAAUUAGAGAAGAUUAGAUGCUAGAGAGGUGUUGAUUAAAGAGAAAAUCCCCUGAGAUGAAGUAGCUGUACUACAUAUAUACAGUGUGGCACUGAAACUAAAACGGGUCUUAAACGGGUCAGGUGGGGCUAACAAUUGUAGAGCCCCUUGAUUCCCUUAUGAGCAGAAAAUAUUUGUAAAAUAAGGUAAAUACUGAUCUUUUUAAUCAGUUGACCAUUUAAAGUCAUUGAGUCUAAUUGUGAAAAUUCAAAUACUACAUAAUUAGUCUUUUUGUAGCAGCUAAGAAUAAGAAUAAUUAUUUUUAGUAAGCACUGAUUUUUGAAAUGUAUGAAGAUGGUCCCUUCUUGUUUUAAUACCACCUGAAACCCAUUUAACUUUCUACAUUUGAUUCUUGGAGAUGUUUAUGUUAAAGGUCUGUCAAAGCAAUCUAUUAUUCUUGUUUUCACCUGAUUGAUCAUAGAGAUAAAGAAUGGAUUCAUUUAUGAGAAGCAUCAACAGAUUUUUUUUAAACUGACAUAAAUUUCUUUUUCUGUAUAGAAUAAAAGGAUCAGGAAGAGAUAAGUUGAAUUUUCCUACAACGAGGCAGCUCUUCUUAAAUUUACCACCCAUAAAUUGUAGCAAAGCACUUUCUGUGUAAUGUUUUAUGUAUGUAAUGCAGUUAUUUGGAGGUGGUGGUGAGGGAUGUGAGGACGAGAUUUCAUAUGGUAUUUCAAAUCUCUUUUGACAAAAACCUAAAAAUUUUUGUAAUAGAAAAAAUUCAAAAUUCCAUUAAGCUUCUUUAAGAAGGUUAUGAAGGAAAUAGGUUUACCUUACCUAAGGUCAAAAGAGGCACAGAGUGGACUUCUAAUAGUUGUGAAAUCUGAAUAUUUUGUCACUAAAAACAAAGGUAAAGUUGAAGUGACUGGUAAUCUGCAAACUGGGUGUGGCAAUGGAGACACUGAAAAGACACCAAAAAACAUGCCAUGGGGAAGUAUCAGGCUGGGUCUACUUACAGCAUCUACUUACAGCAUGUGUCUGCUUGGUGACUCCCUGGGAUGACUGAACCAUAAGAGGCCCUCUUUUCAUUCUCUGAUGGCCCAAAGGGGACCAUUGCCCUUGGAAAGAUGCCAUUCUGCCACCCAGCUGGAGCUUCCUGGAAGCAGGGCCCAGGUGGCGAUCCAUGGCCUUGCCAAGCAUAUGUCCUCCCUGCAAUGUUUUCUGUGGUCCAGUUGAACAUACAGUUUCUAGACCAAAGAGCCUGGUGGGUAAUAUGCCUGUGGUGAAUUUUAAGGGCUCUUUGAAAAGAUACAUUGUGUGAACCAGAAUGGUGGUAAUUUGGGCACUUAUUUAAAUUGUGCCAUUGUGUUCUUCCAUUCAGGGAAAGCCACUCUUAAAAGAGAAAGUAGUUGAGGUUUGUAUACUUGCAUAUUGGAAUUGCCUGUGAGUGCAUCUGAAAAUGUUGGGUUCAUAUAUUUCUUAGCAUUAAUACAGAGAAGUCUUGGUCUAUAACCUUCAACAUGAUUAAAAAAAUCACUGUUGUAGGAUAAUAAAAAGAUAGCUGGGAAGUUUGGUGUGGUGUACUCACAAAUGUUUUAAGUCCAUGACCCCAAUAGUACUUUAAUUUUCACAGUGUCAUUCUUCCAUUACCUAUAUUGCCCCAUUAAAUUUCUUCAGAUUUUUCCCUCUUUAUAUUAAGCACGUGAUAGUAAAUCUCAUACAUUAUUUAGUACAUUUAUAAGUAACCAGAGAAUAAAAAUAGUAUGUAAACCU